GGAAAGCCUAUCCAACACGAGCAGCUGUUUGAAUAUACAAAUGGCCGGUUUCUAGUCAAUGAGAAGCAUGCGAUGUCAAAAAGAUAUGCCAAAUUUGAUCUGGAUGCUCUCUGCGCCCUUGUUUCGGCGCUGCCCCAUGUUUCUUCACCCAUCUCUAGGAUCGACAAGAUGGAGGGAGGAUUCAACAAGGUCUUGUUAAUGACUGCAGAGAAUGGAAAGGAGGUUAUCGCGAAACUUCCAUGCCCUAGGGUUGUUCCACCGCAACAUAGCACUGCAUCCGAAGCAGCCGUCAUGGCAUACGGUAUUGUCGACUUCCUUCAUCUCGAAGACUGCAUAAGCUGA